AUGACCUCCACAGGUUUCAACCCAAAUCCAGAAUGGCAUUGGUCGCAAAACUCCCAUUCAACUCUUGCGCCUCAAGCUUCUCGAGGCAGCUCAUCCAUGCCUGGUGCUUUCCAUGAAGAGCCGCCAUCUGCCCCAAAUUCCAAUCAGUCGCCAAAGCCAACAUCAAACACUACUCCAAGGCCUAGGAAACAUUGGCCUCCUAGAACAUGUCGAAUAUGUCUCGAAACCGUUGAGCCAACUUUCCAUCCGCCUUCCGAGAGUGUCCCGGAGAUGUUUCAGUCAUUACCAUCAGUUACAUAUGAAUCUCCUGAUCCUGAAGCCGGUCGACUUCUGCGGCCUUGCAAGUGUAAAGGAUCGUCGAAAUACGUCCAUGAAGGUUGUCUCCAAGCGUGGCGACAUGCGGAUCCUGAAUACGGCAAGAGGAACUACUGGCAAUGCCCGACUUGCGGGUUCCGCUAUCGCCUAGAAAGAAUGCAAUGGGGCAGAUGGAUCAGUAGCACUGCUACACAAAUAACUCUGACUGGCUUCAUUUUCUUCAUGGCUUUGUUCGUUAUGGGAUUCGUUGCUGAUCCCAUUAUCAAUCUCUAUGUCGAUCCAUAUUCAGUUGUCUCAUCUGCGCCUUUUUCAAAAGUCGGAGCCCGCCUUGAACCAAUGCUUACUGACGACGACGUCACAAGCUGGACAGAGCACUUCAUUAAAGGACUCGCAUCGCUAGGAUUGCUUGGCUUCGUGAAGGUACUCUUCGCCCUAUCGCCAUGGCAAUGGUGGAAUAUCAGAACAUCUGGAAUCAUGAAUGGUGGCGGCCGUUCUGGUAAUACUGGGCGGGAUCGCCUGGCAAGCAUUAGCUGGGUGGUGGUCAUAAUCGGCAUUGCCACAUUUCUUUGGGCUGUUUACAAAGGUGUCCGCGCAUGGAGUCGCCGAACUUUGGAAAAAGCCGGGGAAAAGGUCAUGGAUGUAGCAGCUGAUGGUGAUGAUGACGAUGAUGAGGCUGCAGAUCGGAACAGCCACGCUCCUAGCUCUUGA